CAAAGGCUAGGGUUCUUAGUUGCUAUGGCUCCCGGUCGGAGGAAAUCGGCGUCGGCAGGGGCACCAGCAGGUCCCAGGAAGGCCUGGAAUGUUGGCGAUUUGGUUCUGGCGAAGGUGAAGGGCUAUCCGGCAUGGCCAGCAAAGGUGAGCACACCGGAGAAGCACAAGAUGAGUCCCAAGUCCUCGAAAGUUUUCGUGGAGUAUUUUGGAACGAACGACCUUGGCUUCGUCCAGAGAAAAGAAGUCUCGGAGUUUACACCUGCGGCUCGGGCCAUCAUCGUCGAGAAGGCCAAGUCUGCGCACAAAUCUUUCAAGGCUGCGGUCAAAGGGAUCUGUGACUAUGUCGACAGUUUCAAGGAAAAGCUGAUAGAUGGAGGAAAAGCGGCUAAGGAGCUCGCGGAAGCUGUUUCGAGCGAAGACCAUCAGUCAGGUAGUGGCACUGAUUCUCCGGCCAGGAAUGUAGAUGGUGGGGAUUCGAUGGGAGUUGUGAGCAGGGAUAGUGAAGCUGGUCCGGCGGCAGCAGUUUCUUCUGGCGGCGAUACAACGGACCGAGGUGAAGUUGUAGACGAGCAGGAGUUUGGGAGGAAACACGACGAAACGGCUGAUGGAAACUCUGCGAAACCGCUGGGUGAGGAGGAAAGGCUGGAUCCUUUGAACAGCUUUGCAAGCGCUGCGUGCUUGGUGCUGGAUAAGCUAACUGCCGAGGCAGAUAACUCAAGGUGUCUGUCCGUGGAGGAUAAUGCCGAAAGAAAAGUAAAGACGGUGUCAGAGCAGAUCGAGAAAGCUGAAGAUGCCGUGGACAAAGAUGAAAAGAUGGAAACUAGGCAAGGAUUUGAAGCUGCGAGGGACAGAAUACAUGAAGAGGGGGAUGAAAGAGAAAUAUUUGAAGCUGAGAGAGAGAAUGCCACCGAGAAGCUGGAUGAGAGAGAAGGAUCUGAAGCUAAAGCUGAAAAGGAAAAUGUCACGAGGGAGCUGGAUGGCGGAGAACGCUUCGGAGCAGAGACAGAGAAUGUGACAGCGGGAAAUGAGAAUCUGGAUGACAGAGAAGGCGUUGGCCUGAACAAUCCCGAGUCGGAACCAGAUGCAGGAGUCUCUCCUCUUGCUAUUGUGGUGGAAGCGAAGAUCCUGAAAACAUACGAGAGGAGGAAGAGGGCGGUAAAAAGUGGUGAAAAAUCAGAAAAGAAACAAGAUGGUGGGAAAGAAUAUAAGGACGACAAAGGACAGCCAAGUGGCGAAUCUUUGAAAGCGCAUACAAAACUUGACACGAAGAACACUGAGAAGCUGGAGAAGAAACUGUUGAAGAAAUCGAAGGCGGAUGUUUCCGAUGGGAAGAAUUCUAAAAAUGAGAAGCUUAGGCGUACUGAUUCGGAUGCUACAAAGAAACGGAAGGUCGACUCUGAAGAUGAUGUGAAGAGAAGGGAUAAACACAGGGACAGGAAGGACGAAACUUUGCCACCGUCCAAGCGGCAGAAGUUUUUGAGAGUGGACCGUGAAGACUUCGAUUCCCUGGACAAGAGGGUGAAAGGAGAAAGAGAGAGCCAAACGAAAGCCGUCCAGACGACGACGAAGACUGUGACUGUGUUAGCGAAGGAACUGCCUGAGCUUUCUCCGGUUUCUGCCGCAGCACCUCCGAAGCUCUUUGAGGAAGAUACCAACAAAGUUCGUGCGGCUUAUGAAGCUGCAAAGGAGAUGAAGCAGCGGUUAGCUCAGAAAGAUGAGACGUCCUCCGCAUCUAUGAAGUUCCUAAAAGCUGCAGCUCAGGCGAAGCAGAGAAUAGAAACGACCUCCACAACCUCAAACCGCGAGUCGCCACUCUUUAUGCGGCCCAACUCUGAUAAGUACCAUAAGGCCAGUCCAUCUCAACGCCGAAGUAGUGGCGAGAAGCACAUUCAGCUCAGGACCAAAGGCGUCGACAAGCUGGAAACCUUUCGAGGCAUGUUGGAAACUCUCACACGGUCGAAAGAGAGCAUCUCCAAGGCAACCCGCUUUGCUAUGGAGUGUGCGAAUAAAGGCCUCGGGAAAAAGGUGAUGGACGUAAUCAUGCGCAAGCUUAAGAACGAGCGGGAUCACAAAAAGCGGGUGGAUGUCUUAUUCCUGGUAGACUCCUUGACGCAAUACUAUCAUCAGAAAGGAACAUCCGGCCGCGGCUAUGCCCACAUUGUGGAGGCGUGCUUGGUUCGCUUUCUGUCGGCAGUAGCGCCCCCAAACAGUCCAUCGGAGAACCGUCAGCAAUGUGUCAAGGUGGUGAGUCUCUGGCUCAAGAGGGAUAUCAUGCAAGAAUCGCUGCUGAAAGACACCAUGGCGAAGCUGGAAGCAGGACUAAACACAACGCAGCGGCAGUACCAGCGGCAAGACCGCGCGAUCGACGAUCCAUUACGUGGUCUAGACGACAUGCUAGUCGAUGAAUAUGGGAGCAACACGAGCUUCCAGUUGCCAGGCCUCCUCGUUCGUCAAGUCGACGAAGAUGAUGAUCUGCGAAGAGACAGAGGCGCAAGAGCUCCAGUGGUCAUGGAGGACGUGGACGGGGAAUUGGAGAUGGAGGACGUUUCUCCCCGGGCCGAGAAUCACUCGCGAGACGACAAUAACAGUAGCAGCUCUUCGUUGACGAGGCACGAGGAUGGACAGGAAGAUUAUAAUCGAGGUCCACUGCCACCAUCGUCGCCGCCGCCACCGCUACCGCCGCCGCCACCGCCAAGCCCGCCAUUCCACCUAUGAUCGGGUCAGUCAAUUCUCAUCCAUAUUCUUCAUUGUACGUAUCUCUGGUGUGUGCCUACACAUUUUUAUAUUGAUCGACACUGCUAACCCCGCAAGUAAAAUUCAUCAUACUAAGAAACCAUUGUUUUCUCGUUUGAUAAAGGUAAAGGUGAAGGUUUCAUGGCU